CAACGAGCAGAAGUCCUUCCUAAUGUUUAAUGAUUCUGUCUCGUGUUUCAGGAGGAAGAGGACGGACCUGCAGACGAGAAGAUGAUGAAGAGUUCUCUGUGCUGAUGUACGAGGACCGACGCAGCGACAGGAAGGAAGCAGCUCCCAGCAUGGCGAGCGCCGCGCCGGCCAGGAAGCCGUACCGCAAGGCGCCGCCGCAGCACCGCGAGACACGCCACGGCCCGCCCGUAGCUCCGCCUCCGCCCACGCCGCGGCCCGACACCAACCAGGAGGCGUUGUCGGACUCGGACCGGAUCAGAAUGCUGCAGCAGCAGAACGAGGACCUGCAGCGGCGCCUGGCUCUCUCCACCCACAAGAUGGAGGCGGCGGAGGCGGAGUUUGACGGCAGCCGCCACUACAUGGAGGCGGAGCUUAGCCGCACCAGAGACGACCUCGACAAGAUGAGGGACAAGUUCCGCAGAAUUUACAGCUACACAGCGUCUCAGAGAGCCAAUCAGGAUCUGGAGGAGAAGCUCCACGCUCUG